CCGCCUUCAAAUCGCAUUAUGUCCGCCCAACUGGAUAGCAAUAAUGUCAGUGAAAACAAUAAUAAUAGCGUGAAGGAUGUCAGACUUUUGCUUCUGCCAGACUCUGCAUCGGAUGGCAAUCCGACGAGUGUCAUUUCCCCGAAUGAAGUGCAUAAGACUUUCAUUGAUGACCUGACACGACCCGCUGACGUUGGCCGUACAUGGAGGAAGCGAGUGCGGCGGGUGCCCUGGUUUAUUUUGCUGAUGUGUUUUAUGCAGAUAUCACUUCACUGGAUUGCCAAUGAGUGCAUGCAAAAAAGACUGAUCUUCAAGCCGGAAUGGAUGGGGGAGUACUGGCGAUUACUGACCUAUAUGAUGCUACAUUCCGAUUACUGGCACUUGACCCUCAACAUUUGUUUGCAGUGCUUUAUAGGUAUCUGUUUGGAACUAGAGCAGGGUCACUGUCGCCUGGCCGUGGUCUAUAUUGUGGGUGGUGUUGCCGGUUCAUUGGCCAACGCCUGGCUGCAGCCACAUCUCCUUUUGAUGGGUGCCUCCGCCGGGGUCUAUGCCAUGCUGGGAAGUCAUGUGCCGCACCUGGUUCUGAACUUUUCGCAAUUGUCACACCGAUACGCCCGCACCGCCUCCCUGUUGAUAUUGUUCCUCAGCGAUGUUGGUUUUACAAUACAUCACUUUUGCCACAACCACAAUCGCAAUCCACGGAUCAGUCUGGAGGCCCAUAUAGGAGGGGGCGUGGCUGGAAUUCUGUGCGGUUUCAUUGUCUACCAACGCUACCGGCCAACGACUCAAAAGGCCAAUUACUUUUAGUCACAAAUUAGGUAAUUAGUUUUGAAUGAUAAAGAAUAAGUGUGAAAAUAGUCGAUUUAGUUUAAGUUUUUUUAAUGAUUUUAAGCGAUAUUGAAGUCAGUUGCCAAAAUUGUCCCAUUAAGACUGAUAAAAGAAUUCCAUUAAAUAUUUAAUCCAGAAAUAUUUUAUCAGCAAACUGAAGUUGUUAGUUGAAUAAUUCUAUAAACACAUUUAACUUGAUUGUUAUUCUGGCAAUCAAACUGUCCUAAAUUGAAUAGCCAGCAAUUAUUCGGUUUGUUCCUUUUAUGGACUUCACCUAUUGUUUGGUCACAAAAUCCGUUGUAAACUUAUUAUUCUUUU